AUGGGUCAGAAACGAAAGGCUUCUGCGGGAGCCUCGCCGCAUUCAAAGAGGAUACAAAAAGAGACUGUGCUGGACCACAAUGAUCCCAUCUAUGAGGAGACGCAUCCCGAUCCAGAGUACUUGUCUGAAAAUGAUAGCCAAAGCUUCGCCAGUGAUAUCCCGCUCGAAACCCCAGCGACACCAAUCUCCGUGACGUCGAGCAGAUAUCCAUCAGAACUCAAAACCCAUCUCUGUCCCUAUGAGGACUGUACAAAAGCAUUCAACCGACCGGCACGACUCCAAGAGCAUCUGCGCUCGCAUAACAACGAGCGGCUUUUUACCUGCCCACAAGGUGGCUGCGACAAGACCUUCCUCCGAGCAUCGCAUCUCAAUCACCACAUCAAAAGCGCUCACACCGGUGUUCGAGACUACGUUUGCGAUCGUCCAGGUUGUGGAAAGAGCUUCGUGACAGGCUCACGACUUCGUCGACAUCUAGCAGCACACGAUGGAAGAGACAAGUACCGCUGCACGGAGUAUCCGCCUUGCAAUGAGACGUUCCGGAAGCACACGACGCUCCAAAAACACAUCAUGACGGCGCAUUUGAAACAGAAACCCUUUCCAUGUCCGCAUGUUGAUGGAGCGACGGGGCAGAAAUGUCCAAUGGCGUUUGAGACGGCUGGACAUCUCCGAGCGCACGAGAGCAGGCUUCAUACGGAGAAACGGUUCACCUGCACGGAAUGUUCUCAGCGAAUGGACAUCGGUCAGAACGAAAGCGACUCCGCUGUGACCUUUCCUACAUACGCACUGCUACAAGCACACAUUCGCACCGCCCACCCCCCACGAUGUCCAAACUGUCUCGUCACCUGCUCUACAUCCCGAGAACUGCGCCGCCAUCUGGAAGUCGCCCACGGCGACGUCAGCGUCGAGGAACGAAAGGUCUUCCCGUGCACCAUUCCUGGAUGCGAUCGCAGCUUCACGAAGAAAGGAAACCUAACCGUGCACAUCCGAACCGUGCACGAGGGCGAGAAACGCUUCGCCUGUGGCGAGACCGAUCUCUCCACGUCUAAGAAAGUCGCCGGCUGGGACGGCUUUGGCUGCGGAAAGCGAUACGGCACGAAGCUCGCCCUGGAAGAGCAUAUCCGUACUGCGCAUCUGGGCUUCCCGAAUGCCAAAGCAGUACGCCGGCAGCGAUUGGGCCAAGGGCAAAACCACAACCCCACGACCAACACCAACACCAACACCCCAUCAACCCUAGCCGCGCUUACAGGCUCUGGAUACGCGCAAGAAACAGGACGACACAUCGCCUGCUUCAUCGACUCGUGCGCGCACAGAUUCCACCGCGAUUACGAUCUUUGGGUGCACAUGGGCGGUAAACACGGUUGCUCGGAGGACGAGAUUCGCGAUCUCUUCCUACGACGAGCAUUAUUAUCCACAAAUGACGAUGGCCAGCAGCAGCACGGCGCGGAGGUCUUCGGAAUCUACGGAUACGAGUUGGACCCUGAUCCUUACGAGUCGUAUAUCCCUGCCCCUGCUCCCGGCGAAGCGAUGCAGGACACACAAGAUGCAAAAGAUGAGAUACCCCCUGAUAAUGACAUGGCGCUUAUUGACCCUGUUUUGGCGUACAACUUGAUGAAUUAG